AUGCAAAAUUCUACAGACGUACCGACUUACUCGACGCCAACACAAUACAGUUCAAUCCAAUACAACCCACCAGAAAUUCCCCACAACGAAAAUCCACAACAGGCAACCCCAAACCAGCCACUGUUGUACCAUGAACCAGUGAUGUACGCGGCACAAACAAACCCAUACCAAUCAAGCCAACCCAUGUAUAUCCCUUCAAAUGAAAUGGUCAAACCGACGUCUGAAGAUGUCAGUAAAAGUGUGAAAAUGUUCUUCUUCAUCGGGUUCGUCUUUCCAUUCUCUUGGAUAUUCCUCUUCUUUUGGAAAGUCUAUGACAAGGAAGACAUGUAUAGAAUGUGGGCUUGGAAAGCGCUUUCAAUGCUCUUAUUAUAUUGCACACUCAUGUUUUUUGUCUUGUUCAUGAUUUUCGUGGUCGACGAUUAA